GCAGCCCCGCCGCGCCGAGCGAGCGCCGCCUCCGAGGGUCGCCGGGCGCCGGAGCCAUGACCCUCCGCCGACUCAGGAAGCUGCAGCAGAAGGAGGAGGCGGCGGCCGCCCCGGACCCCGCCGCCCGGGCUCCCGACUCCGGAGCGGCCCCCGCCACCCCCGCCGCGACCCCGGCCUCGGGCCCCCGUGCAGCCGCCGCCGGCCCCGGGGCCCCCGGAGACGAGCUGUACGCGGCGCUGGAGGACUACCACCCGGCCGAGCUGUACCGCGCGCUCGCCGUGUCCGGGGGCACCCUGCCCCGCCGGAAGGGCUCAGGAUUCCGCUGGAAGAAUCUCGGCCACAGUCCUGAACAGCAGCGGAAAGUGGUGACUUUGGAAAAGGAGGAGAACCAGACUUUCGGCUUUGAGAUCCAGACUUACGGCCUCCACCACCGGGAGGAGCAGCGCGUGGAGAUGGUGACUUUUGUCUGCCGGGUCCAUGAGUCCAGCCCUGCCCAGCUGGCCGGGCUCACACCAGGAGACACCAUCGCCAGUGUCAACGGCCUGAACGUGGAGGGCAUUCGGCAUCGAGAGAUCGUUGACAUCAUUAAGGCGUCGGGCAACGUUCUCAGGCUGGAAACUCUGUACGGGACGUCCAUCCGGAAGGCCGAACUGGAGGCCCGGCUGCAGUACCUGAAGCAAACCCUGUAUGAGAAGUGGGGAGAGUACAGGUCCCUAAUGGUGCAAGAGCAGCGGCUGGUGCAUGGCCUGGUGGUGAAGGACCCCAGCAUCUACGACACGCUGGAGUCGGUGCGCUCCUGCCUGUACGGGGCGGGGCUGCUGCCGGGCUCGCUGCCCUUCGGGCCCCUGCUGGCGGCGCCCGGGGGUCCCCGCGGGGCUGCGCGGCGGGCGGGGGGCGACGCGGACGACGCCGUCUACCACACGUGCUUCUUCGGGGCCGCCGAGCCCGCGCCCCCGCCCGCCCGCGCCCGCGCCCCCGCCGAGCCCCCCGCGCCCCCGGCGGCGCCCCCGGCCCGGGCUGCUCUGAGCCGCAGCGCCAGCGUGCGGUGCGGGGGCCCCGGGGGCGGCGGGGGCGGCGGGGGCGCGGGGGGCGCGCUCUGGACUGAGGCCCGCGAGCAGGCCCUGUGCGCCCCGGGGCUGGGGCUGCGCAAGGCCAAGUACCGCAGCUUCCGCCGGCGGCUGCUCAAGUUCAUCCCCGGACUCAACCGCUCCCUGGAGGAGGAGGAGAGCCAGCUGUAGGGGCGCCCGCGGGGCGGGAAGCUAUUUAUUUAUUUAUUCGUGGCAGCCUGUGCGGAAAGGGGGCGGCGGGGGUGGGGGGACCCCAGGAGCCCAGCAGCCCAGCGCCAAGGGGGAGGGUCCCCCGGCCCCAGCUGGCCUGCCGCCCCCCCCACCCAUGCAGGGGCGCCCACACCCCUCCCCACCUCCUCCUCUAACCCCGGCGGGGAGCUUGGUUGGGUUGGGGACGGUUUGGGGGCGUUCAUCCUACAUCCAGGUCUGUAGUGCCUUGUGGGGUGUCCAGGAGAACUCCCCUGGAGGGGAGGAGCCCCGUCCCACGAAGCCCUCUCCCCAGCUUUACGUGCUCCUCGCCCUGGCCCUGGGGGACACAGGGCCUGGGGUCGGGCCUCCCCCCCUCCCUCCACGCACAGCCUCCCAAGGUGCUGGGCCCCCUCCUUCCCGGCCUGGACCCCUAAGGGCUUGGCCCCUCCCAGGGGCCUGUAACUAAGUUGGGUCCUGCCGGGCAGGGGUCCCGGGUUCUUCGCCCCCUUGGGGGACAGGAAUGGGCACGUCCAGGUGGGGUGGGGGCAGCACAGACUGUUCCGCCGUUUUGCAUAUUGUUGCUUCUGAACCACAAACUGUAUAAAAUUGACGGUUUUUUUGCA